ACGAUCAGCCGGUCUCAGCUUACAACAGAGAAAUGCCCACUUUGUUAUCAAUUUAAACAUUUGAACAGUUCAAUGCUACCAAGAUAUGACAGCACAAGUACCUGUUACUAUUAUAUUUAAUGGAUUUUUAAACCAAUAUGAAAGGUAUAUAAAGGCAUGAAGCCAAAAGCCCAAACAAAGAGGGCCAUUUGAUGGAAAGAGAACUGAGCAGAUCAAAUUGCUUCAUCAUAUUUUGACGUUGAUUCAAUCAUGGUUUUGAAAAGAAACACCCUUUUGCUGGUUUUUGUGCUGUUUUCUCUGACACUGUGGUGCAAGUCGACCAGCGCAGGCUCCAGCUUUCUCAGCCCUUCACAGAAGCCUCCGAACAAGGGGAAGUCUUCCAGAGUCGGCCGUCAAGCCAUGGAGGAGCCUCGUCAACCGGCUGAGGACAACCACAUCACAAUAAGCGCCCCCUUUGAAAUCGGCUUCACCAUGAGAGAGGAGGAGUUUGAGGAGUACGGUGCAGCGCUGCAGGAGAUCCUUCAGCGUCUGCUGGGGAACACAGAGACCGCAGCAGAGAAACCAUCACAACUUUGAGGAUCACGGACAAGAAUUUUAAAUUGUCUGUCUCAAUGCCUUCAAACUUUAUUAGAUGGUAAAUAGAUAGUGAGGAUUAGCCUGUAGACAUGUUGGGCUCAUUUCUUUCUAAACUUAUGUUCUUUAGCUCAAGCCCGGUACAACAUUGUUACUCAGACUGUGGAGAAAUAAGGAAAAAUGAAACAGCUUGAAAGCAUGUGCAGAAUUUGGUAAAAUUAUCUUAACUCUUGAUCUUUAAGGAGCUUUCAACCCCAUCCCAGGGUCUUCAUCAGUGACUGAGUCAGUUCAGCUGUCAUCACAACCUUUGUAUGGAGCUCAGUGGAGUAAAAUGUGGUAGAAAAUUAGUUCAAUAUAAUA